AUGGCGGCUUCCCCGAAUUCGACACACUGGCUAAAGCUCUCAAGACCCUACCCAGCUGCCAAAGAUGCAAGAAAGGCCGACGCAGGUGUGAUACAUCCUUACCUGCCUGCGCUCGGUGCAGAAGAGCCGGAGCAGAGUGCCUCUUCUAUGAUCACACUCUGGAGCAGGUCUUGCCACGAAGAUAGCUAUCUCAAGUCAUUGAUAACAAGCCUGAAGAAUCUACAGCAGCAGAAAGCAGCAAAUCUAGCAGCACAGGCAACACUAACCGCUUCGCCGUCAUCUGUGUCUUACCGACACACUGUUCGAGCAGAGGAUGCCAUACCGGAACAGCCCGCAGGCUCCCAGGCCGACUUAAACAGCAUUCAGCAUGCUCUCCAUCCUCAAUCGUCUUGCGCUUCAUCUUCAAUGUGUGAAGGUGGUCACUUCCCCGUCGCCACGCAGCAAGGCCGUGACAUUCGCUACUAUGGAGGGAGUUCAGUCUUCUCGCUUGCGGUCGCCACCCUAGCACGAGGACGAAGUGAUCCCAAGUACUCGUUUGCACCAUUACGAGUACCCGAGACAUUACAACUGGCGCCACCAGAGUUUCAUGGCGGCUGUAAUUGUCUCAUCACAAAAUCAAUGGUCGAGAAAUCUGUGGAACUGUACAUGGUAUCGAUUCACCCCAUCUACCCCUUCUUGAAUGCUUCCGACCUUUUCACAGAUCUUCAGGCGUACUGGGAGGUCCAAAGCGGGGGAAUCGACCCAGCAACACUUAGGGACAAAGUUGCGCAUCAGUACUUUCGCAUCAAGAUCAUCGCAGCCAUUGCAAGCGCCAGCCGUUCGCGAUAUUACGCAAGCAGGAUUGCCUGCGACCAUGGCUGUUACCUGGAAGCCGUCAAGUGUGUUUCUGAAGUCACCUCAGAGAUAUCGACCGACGCUCUUCGGGCGCUCAUGCUACUUAUCAUCUAUUGCCUGUUUCGUCCGCGCAAAGGUGACAUUUGGAAGCUUUUGGACUAUGCAUGUCGUCUAUGCUUGGAGUUGGGCUAUCACAACGAGCCUGAUCCAAGUCUGCCCGUUGCAGAGAGCGAACAGCAGAGAAAUAUGUUCUGGUCAUUGUACACGAUCGAAAGAUUGGUCGGCCAACUGCUAGGCAGGUCGUCGGAUCUCCCCGAGGGAGUAAUCGCGGCGAGAUAUCCCAUCUCAGCGACCGUUUCUAUUCAAGACAGCAAUCCGGAUGGUAUGGCAAUACGGUGGCGCCAAGCUGGCCAUCAAUAUAGGCUGGUACAUCUUCGAUCAGGGCUCUUUACCGAAAUGUACUUGAGUCACACAGACGACGUCCGGCACGAUCUGGCCUGGUAUCAACAACGUUUGAAGGGUAUCCUCGACUGGUAUUCGCAAAGCCGAGACGACAUGCGCGACCGUACCGUUGGCUCGAUAACUUGCACCACAUUAUUCCAUUCCACAAUCCUCUUCCUCUUCCAGCCUUUGCUGAUCCAGGCACUGCAGGACACACGCGCAAGGGGCCAAGAAACUGCGGCAUCCCAAUCAGUACAGCCGCCACUGAUUCUUCCGGUUGAAAUAUUUCUUUCCGCGUGUCGCUUGGUGGAAAUAUUUGAGCAGAUCAUCACCUCACCUCAGAACUCGGACUUCGGCACUUACCCAAUCACCUUCAUGGCUGCCCACAAUAUCUUCAGGGCUAGCAUUAUGAUAAUGGCCUACUGCAUUCUACUUUUGGAUGGGAGGGUGUCAUUUGACCGAGUGAUUGGUGAAGCAUGCCCUGACUACCAAGAGGAGACAGCUCACAUACUCGUGGACAAUGUGCUACAAGUGUCCAAUUCUUGUCUGGUCCUGCUUACCUUUUGCGCCGAAAAAUGGCCUGGUAUGAGUGGAAUGAGGGAGAUCUACAAACAACUGUCUGACCAGGUAUUGAGGUCCAUGUUCAUCCUGACUUCGAGUCGAUAG